UUCGCUGCGGUCCAAUGAGGGCCCCGCUCCAUCCAGUCGGACCCCUCCCCCGCACACGGCGGGUGUACACCGAGGCGAGCGCCCGGACCGAGGACAUGGGCCCGCUCAGCUUCCUGUCUGCGGCCAAAGAGCGAGCCGAAAAGUUCCUCAACGAGACGAACGUGGUCACCGACUUCCUGGGGAAGGUCGAGGAGAAGACGGGAGUCAAGAAGAAGAUCCUGGCGGCCGGUGCCGUCUCGGUGACGGGAUUCUACCUGGUCUACGGUUACGGCGCCUCCCUGCUCUGCAACCUGAUCGGGUUCGCCUACCCGGCGUAUUAUUCAGUCAAAGCCAUCGAGAGUACCAGCAAAGAAGAUGACACAAAAUGGCUGACCUACUGGGUGGUCUACGGGGUCUUCAGUCUGGGGGAGUUCUUCUCUGACAUUUUCCUGUACUGGUUCCCCUUCUACUAUGCCUUCAAGGUAACCUCCUCCUCACCUCCCUCAAGCCCCCCCCCCCCCCACUAUGCUGCACUUUUCUUCUGGUCUGGUCUUUGCCUGCAGUGUUUGUUCCUUUUGUGGUGCAUGGCCCCCGUGGCCUGGAACGGAUCUCAGGUCCUCUACAACAGAGUAGUACGACCUGUUUUCCUCCGUCACGAAGCCGCCGUGGACAACAUGGUCAGCGACCUCAGCGGGAAGGCCAUGAGCGCAGCAGAGAACCUCACUCGGGAAGUUUUGUCCACCCUGGUGAAGAACAAAGCAUUGGUGUCCCCCGAAGCCAAAAGUCUGCCGAGCGCAUCCGGAGAAACUUCGUCGGGAAGAAAAAGCGGGUCUCCUUUGACCGAAGAGCCGCAGCCUUUCCUGGGCUAACCAGCAGGUAAGCUAGCAGUUAGCAUGCUGGCUCGUCUCCCCGACCCUCUCUCGAUGCCCCGUCCACUCAUUGUCCCCCGCCCCGCACCCAAUACCUGUAGCGGAUGCGGACCAGUUAGUUGAAAUGAUAUGUCCAAUCCUAGUCAAUCUGCAAACUCAUCCAUCCGUUUCCUGAGCCGCUUAUCCUCACAAGGGUGCCGGAGCCUAUCGCGGCUAUCUCCGGGCAGGAGGCGGGCUACGCCUUCGACUGGUCGCCAACAACAGUCCUUUGAAAUUCUUCAGACGUCUUCAAGUUAUCUGAGCGCCGAUUGGACGACGAGGAGGAGGAGGGGCCUGACCCAAAGGAGGAGGAGCAACUUGUCACACGUUUCCCUUCUGCUGGCCCCUCCCCUUUCUACUCACAAACGCGAUACAACAUUUCUAAUGUUCUUUGUUAAGUUGAUGAUGCAAAUGAACCUUUGCGUGUGUAUAUAAUGUGACGAAGCAUUUUUAUUUAUUUCACGCGAGAACGUCUUUAUACAUCAAGCAAAAAGCAAAGUUGGCCUCCAAAACGAAUUUGUGGAAUUGAUUGAAUUGAUUUGUUUUCAUAAUGUCACAAAUGGAUCUGCAUUGACCCAAAGUAUUUUCUAUCCUUUUGUUUUACUGACUCUGUGUAGUUAUAUUAUUGAUGUUUGUA